AUGCAUACGCAGAACUGUACCAGAGGCACAGGAGCUGUGAUGCCAGGGAGUGCCUUUGUCCAGGAGGCAGGGAGGAGGCAGAGCGAGAGGGGCUCCAGAGUCAGCCCAGAGCUCGAUGGUCCCAGCACCAGCACCGCAGCAGCAUCGGGGCAGACUCUGGGACCUCCAGCACAGGAGACCAUCAGGCCCAGCACUAGCAAACAGUUGGAAUCGAGGCCAUUGCGUGGUUUCCCAGUGCCUGAGCACAGCAGCCGCUCCAGCCCCCCUGGGCCUCAGCGACGACGGAACCGAGCCCGGUGUGAUCGUCACAUCCACACUCCCUAUACACGACCAGCAAGACAGCGGGAGAGAAGCCAAGCUGCGAGCAGCACCCACAGCCAGGCAUCUGAGACCCACAGCCGCAGCACCACUGGGCAGCAGCCAUCGGCAUCGUCCCAUGGCUCCACAGCAGUGGAAAGAAGAAGGAUGUCCGGAGCCCCUGGGCCCAUCCGGGUGCGAGACCAUUCCCGCUUGCAGCGUUGUGCCCGAACUCCCUACACACGGCCCACAAGACAUGGCAACAGCAGCCUCACGCCAGCAGCACCAGCUGAGAGGGGCCCCGGCAGCCAGGCUGCACCCAGGCUGUCCCAGAGAUCGCCAGCCCGUGCGAGCCACAGCCGCAGCAGCAGAAGACGGCGGCCAUCAGCAUCAUCCCGUGGCUCCAGAGCACGCCAAAGGCGUAGCACCUCAAGAUCCACGGGGCCCGUGCGGGUGCGAGACCGCUCCCGCUGGCGACGUCGGGCCCAAACUCCCACCAUGCGGCGCAAAAGACGCCGUGAGGGCAGCCACACACCAGCACCACGUGCAAAAAGGUGGGCCUGCAAACGGGCUGUGCCGGGGCUAUCCCAGCGCCCCGAAGAACGAGUGACCAGCAGUUCCAGCAGUGACAGCCAGGAGCCAUCGCUGUCCUCCUCUAGCUCCCAGCAAUCAGGGAGCAGGAGCCCCAGCAGUGAGAGCCAGGAGUCAUUGCUGUCCUCCUCUAGCUCCCAGCAAUCAGGGAGCAGAAGCUCCAGAAGUCACAGCCAGGAGUCAUCGCUGUCCUCCUCUAGCUCCCAGCAAUCAGGGAGCAGGAGCCCCAGCAGUGACCGCCAGGAGUCAUCGCUGUCCUCCUCUAGCUCCCAGCAAUCAGGGAGCAGGAGCCCCAGCAGUGACAGCCAGGAGUCAUCGCUGUCCUCCUCUAGCUCCCAGCAAUCAGGGAGCAGAAGCUCCAGAAGUCACAGCCAGGAGUCAUCGCUGUCCUCCUCUAGCUCCCAGCAAUCAGGGAGCAGAAGCUCCAGAAGUCACAGCCAGGAGUCAUCGCUGUCCUCCUAUGGCUCCCAAGAAUCAGAGAGCAGCAGUGAUAGGCAGGCGGCAGGUCCCUGGUACUAA